CUAUUCGUUUGAGCCGGAAAAAAAAUUUACUCAUAACCGUCACCACAAUAAGAAAUGUACAACUCAACUUAAAUAGCAAUAUCCUCCGUUUUCACGCAGACGGUUUCUCAUUUUAGUGUAUUGGCAAUGGAUUGGCAAGAAGCUCGGGAGACACUGAGACAAUGGCGAGAAGAUAAUAUGAGAUGUUCUGAAGAAGUGAUUGAAAUUUGGCAAGAUGUGCUAUCAAAUUAUACUCAUAAAGUUGGGGAUGAAAAAUGGUUAAUCUGUGAACAAGUGUGCCUGGCGGCAUUAGAUUGCCAUCGUUUAGAUAUAGCACAGGAAUGUCUAGAAACAUUAGACAAACAAUUUCCUGGAAGCUUUAGAGUUCGCAAAUUACGUGCAAUGGAGUUUGAAGCUCUCGAUAGGUAUGAUGAUGCUUUGAAAUUAUAUGAAAGUAUACUACAGCACGAUGAAUCAAAUUCAGUUAUAUAUAAAAGAAAAGUUGCUGUAUUAAAAGCCCAAAAUAAAAUUUCUGAAGCUGUGAAGGAGUUAACAGAUUAUUUAAAGAAAUUCAUGAGUGACCAUGAAGCAUGGAUGGAACUGUCUGAUUUAUAUCUAAUGGAACAAGAUUAUUAUAAAGCUGCUUUCUGCUAUGAAGAACUCAUUCUAUAUAAUCCCCAUAAUCAUCUGUAUCAUCAGAGAUAUGCCGAGAUUCAGUAUACCAUUGGUGGUUUAGAAAACAUGGAAUUAGCAAGAGCUUAUUUUGCACAAUCAAUCAAACUGAAUCCUCGUAACAUGCGAUCUUUAUAUGGAUUUUUUCUGGCUGCUACUAAUGUUGCUGCCUCUCCAAAGUGUUCUGCCCUCAAGAAAAAAGAGAAUCUCAAAUAUGCAUCAUGGGCUGCACUUAAGAUAGGACAAAAAUAUCAGGACCAAAUAUGUGAUGAUACCCAUGUGAAGUCAGUACAAGGCAUGCUUGGAUUGUUGACAUUAAAUUCUUCAACUUAGUUAAAUUAAUAAAUUUUAUAUUUUAUUAUAAAAUAUGUAAUAUAUAUUGUUUUGUUUUAUACCUCAUUAAAGAUCAUCAAUAUUA